UCCCGACCGAACGCCGGAGACCUGUUUCUCCCCGUAAGACGGAGGUGGCGGAGGGGAGAGGCGGGCGGGCCGGCGGCGGGAGUGCGGUGGGGGGAGAAGACAGCGGAGCAGCGAGAGGGACAACGGGACGCUGAAAGCGGGCCAACGCGGGAACCGGAGCGCCACCACCGCCGCCGCCGCCGCCGCCGCCGCCGCUGCCGUCACCGCCGCUACUACUGCCGCAGCUAGCGCCGCCGCCGCCGCCCUGGGUGCCCCCCGCCGCCGCCGCCAUGGGAACUCCGCAUCAGUCGCUCCAACCGCCGCUUGGUCCGUGGGCCAUGUCGUGAUCCGUGGGCUCCGCCAGCGGGUUUUCUAUCGGUGAUCCCGACCGAGGAGGAGGAAGAGCAGGAGGGGGAGGGAGGAGGAGGGCGGGCGGGAAGGUGGUGGUGGUGGUGGUGGAGAAGAUGUUCGCCUCGGUGGGCCCUCGGGGCGGCCCGCGCCCCCCGGUCGCCCCGGCCGUGCCGGAACCGGACCUGAGCCAUUUAACGGAAGACGAGAGGAAGAUCAUCAUGGCUGUGCUGGCUCGGCAGCGGGAGGAAGAGGCGAAGGAGGAGGCCAUGACAAAAGAAGAGAAGCCUAUCCAAGCAAGAACGGUGAAUCUGGUUGGGCAGAAGAAACCUCAGCAGCAAAAUGACGUUCGAGGAAUCCAGCAGCAGUUGUCCAGCUACAGGGAGACGGUGGUCCGACAGGCCACGGUAGCGGCAGGUCACCGGGACGACGCACCGACCUGCGGCAUUUGCCACAAGACCAAGUUUGCAGACGGCUGUGGGAACCUGUGCUCGUACUGCCAGACCAAGUUCUGCGCCCGCUGCGGAGGCCGCGUGUCGCUGCGAUCCAACACGGAGGACAAAGUGGUGAUCUGGGUGUGUAACAACUGCAGGAAGCAGCAGGAGCUCCUGACAAAGCCGGGCGAGUGGUUCACCGGUCCAGCCGGGAAGCCCGCCGGCCUCGGGUCGGCCAUCAGCGAGCCGUCUGUGUGCCAGACGCUCGGCGACAAGAAGCUUCGGUCUCGAUCCCAGGCGCCCCCGGGCUCCAACCCGGUGAUCCAAGAACCCAACCGACCCGGUGUGCCUGGAGCCGCGCCCGGCACCGAUGCCCGGUCGCGCAGCGAGCCACCACGAGAUUCUGGAAGAGGGGGCGGAGGAGCUGGUCGUGGGGAGCGUCGGCAGGGUCAACAACUUCAAACCCAGGUGUCCAUGGACCGGGACCUCCGGUGGGAGUCCCGGGAGCGCCGGGAGAGCCGGAAGCUGUCGAAGGGACGCUCUCUGGAGCACGAUCCUGUUGGAGGAGUCGGCGGGGUAAUGCGGACCGAGGAGGGGGGCUACCACCACAUGGACCACAGCGGUGCUCCCCCUCGCCAAGCAGGGCCGGCCCCACCUGGAGGCCGGGGCCACCCUGCUCCUGCGCUGGGUCGAGGCGGGGGCAUGGGAGGGGAGGUUGGGGACGGCGUGCGGACCGGACAGAGGACGGUGGGUGGGGUCGGAGGGCCACGCGAACACAACCUCGCUCAGCAGCCCCUGCCCCCCGAGCUCAGAGAGCCCCUCGGCCAAGGGCCCGUGGGGAGACGGACAAAACGUGAGAAAUCCGACAGCAUGCUGCGCAACGAUUCGCUUAGCUCCGACCAAUCGGAAUCCCUGCGCCCGCCGCCCCCGAGGCCCUACAAAUCAAAGCGAGGGAUGGGAGCCGGGGGUAAGAGGCAGACCAGCGUCAGCAGUUCGGAGGAGGAGGGCGGGACCACGCCCGAGUACAGCAGCUGUGAGGACGCCGAGAUCGAGAGUGUCAGCGAGAGAGGCGACUGGGAGUGCUACCCGCACGACCCCACCGGAUGGCAUCAUCCUGUCACCUGGCAACCGUCCAAGGAGGGAGACCAUCUAAUAGGACGAAUCACCCUCAGCAAGAGGAGCGCCACCAUGCCAAAAGAAGCCGGAGCUUUGCUGGGGUUAAAGGUUGUGGGAGGAAGAAUAACAGAGUCAGGGAGAUUAGGUGCCUUCAUCACCAAAGUCAAGAAGGGAAGCCUGGCUGAUGUGGUGGGACAUCUCAGAGCAGGGGAUGAAGUUCUGCAGUGGAACGGGAAGCUGUUACCGGGGGCGACCAUGAAGGAAGUUUAUAACAUCAUCCUGGAAUCGCAAGCUGAGCCUCAAGUGGAGCUGGUGGUAUCCAGGCCUAUUGGGGUGUAUAGAAAAUAUCAUGAUAUCCCAAGAAUCCCAGACACGUCCCACCCUCCAUUAGAAUCUACAGGUUCCAGUUCUUUUGAGUCCCAGAAGAUGGAGAGACCAUCCUUAAAUGUCCUGUCUCCCUCCAGUCCUGGGAUGCUUCAAGAUGCUCCACAGUUAAUGCCAGGGCAACUCUCAGUGAAGCUGUGGUACGACAAAGUGGGACAUCAGCUUAUAGUCAACGUGCUGCAGGCCACAGAGCUUCAUCUUCGGCCUGACGGGCGUCCCAGGAGCCCCUACGUCAAAAUGUACUUCCUUCCAGACCGCAGCGACAAGAGCAAGCGGAGGACGAAAACAAUGAAGAAGACCUGUGAGCCCAAGUGGAACCAGACCUUCGUCUACCCUCACGUCCAUCGCAGGGAUUUCCGCAACCACAUGCUGGAGCUGACUAUAUGGGAUCAACCCAGGUCACCGGAUGAGGACAGCACCUUUAUGGGAGAGAUCCUGAUAGAGCUUGAGACGGCCUUGCUGGACGACAAGCCCCACUGGUACCCGCUCCAAACCCACGACGUCUCAUCCAUACCGCUGCCCCGGCCCUCUCCGUACCUGCCCCGCCGACUCACCGAGCCCCACGGCAAGAAGCUGCAGCGUUCUCAGCGUGUAAGAGAGCCUGAAUUUGAUGAAGGUACUGCAGUAAUGUCCAAAGCAGCGGACGGGCGUGGCAGGGAGAGGCAGCGGGAGUCCACGUCCACCCUGGAGGUGCCGGACCAGCAGAGGACGCCCGCCCAUCACAUACGCUCCCGCUCGGUCUCGCCUCACCGCGAGGAGCAAGGGAGGACGCGGUCGCGGCCGCCCAACGUCCCCGCACAAAGGAGUCUGGAUGACGAGCUUCCUCACGCACGCCGCUCGCGCUCUCCGACCCGCCACUACGACGCCGUCAGGGGUCGCCGCCAUGAGGACGAGUACCUGGAUGACAGUGAGGUCAUCAUGAUCCACCAGUCAAUGCGAGGCAAAAGUGCCGAAUGCCUCCACACCAGGAGAUCUACCAGGCACAAUAACACACUGCCACCUAAGAUGCCCCUUUUGUUCAACGGCACCAAACGCACUAACAGUGAUCUGCAGCCUUCUCUGGACAGGGUUAGGAGCGCUAGCGCCAAUUGUCUGACUCCAAACAUUCACGCCCCCUCAUCAGAGACUGAAAGAAAACCUUUUUCCCAUUCGCUGCCUCGGCGACGUCCGGCAAGUCCCAGGAUUCUUAUCCAACAUGCGUCUCCUGAAGAUGACAGGCAGCCUCGGACCCUGGAGACGCCCGAGUGCCACACUCUUGGCAGCGAGCUCCCAGACAGUGGCAGGGGCCACCUCCAAGGUGGUGCGUCUCUUUCCUCCUCCGUGACGUCCUCCUCCAACCGCAGGGUGAGGCAACUCCCACAACUUCCCCCCAAGAGCAGCACUGUAGAACAAGCCCUGGUAGCAGAGGAGUGCGUUCGUCAGCUCCAGAUGAGGGUCCAUUCCAACCGGGCGUCAGCUGCCACCACCUCCAGCCAACAGGACCUGGACCGGGCCCUCAAGAACAAACGGGAGCUCUACAAGGACCAGAGGCGGAGCACCGAGAACGUCUCCCAUAAGUCUUCGGACAGCGAUGUCAGCGACGUGUCAGCCAUCUCUCGAACCAGCAGUGCCUCUCGCCUCAGUAGCACCAGCUACAUGUCCAUCCAGUCGGAGAGACCCCGGGGACGCUUCAGGGCCAUGCGUGCAACGGGCCGCCACAUGCUGAAGAGCACCAGCGUAAGCGGCGAGAUCUACGGCAUGGAGCACGUCGACGGCAGCCAAUCGGACACGGCGCUCGGGAGCGGCAUCAAGAAGCGGCGCUCGAGCCUCAGCCAGCGCGUCGUCGCCAUCCUGCCGUCCAGACGCAGCCGGAGCACCUCGCAACUCAGCCAGACGGAGGCGGCGGGUAAGGCGGCAAACAGACAGAAAGAAGCACCGGCAGGAAAGAAGGUGGGUAAGGGCGGCAGCAGCAGCAUCCAGAGGAGCGUGGAGACCGGCAUGGCGGUGGAGUACCCGCGGGGAGGGUCGUCCAUGAACCGACAGGCCAGCAGAGAGUCGACCGAUGGCAGCAUGAACAGCUACAGCUCUGAGGGGAAUCUGAUAUUCUCAGGGAUGCGGUUGGGCGCCGACAGUCAAUUCAGUGACUUCCUGGACGGUUUGGGUCCCGGUCAGCUGGUUGGCCGGCAAACACUGGCCACGCCUGCUAUGGGUGAUGUUCAGAUCGGCUUGAUGGAUAAGAAAGGCCAGCUGGAGGUGGAGGUGAUCAGGGCACGAGGCCUUACCUCCAAACCAGGCUCCAAAUCCCUCCCAGCUCCCUACGUCAAGGUGUACCUGCUGGAUACUGGAACUUGUAAAGCCAAAAAGAAAACCAAGAUUGCACGAAAGACCCUGGAGCCACUCUACCAGCAGCACCUGCUCUUCGAGGAGAGUCCCCAGGGCAAGGUGCUUCAGGUGAUAGUAUGGGGUGACUACGGAAGAUUGGACCACAAAUGCUUCAUGGGCGUAGCACAGAUCUUAUUGGAGGAGCUGGACCUCUCAAGCACGGUGAUUGGCUGGUACAAACUGUUUCCACCGUCCUCAUUGGUGGACCCUACGUUAGCGCCGCUGACGCGGCUGGCGUCUCAGACGUCACUGGACAGCUCAGGACCGCCACCGGGCGUUCGGUCCUAGUGACCGAGUCUCGCCCGGACCCCCCACCCCGUUCAAUUGCUCUUAAAUGACAAAGUAAUGGACCACAGUUACUGGACUGGGACUGAGCAGAGGGAGAGGACGACGGUCGUCAACCAAUGGAAAAGCCAGAUGGAGUAACCGAGAGAGAGAGAGAGAGAACUAGCCAAUCAAUGCCUAGCCGGAGUCCGACAAUCAGGUCUCACACCGUCCCUCUUUCCUCGUCCGGAUUUCUCUUUGUUCUUUUAAGCUUUGCUUUAUUUGUUUCUGUACUCUGCAGCUGGAGAAUCCUGUCCCAUAUUUCUCAACUCUCGCUGAGGUUUUUCUCCCUUUUUGAAGGUGCAGCUCCGAUCGGAGCCAGAGAUGCACCAAUCGCACUCCCCCCCGAUACCGACAGCAAUACCCGCGCUUGAGAAAUGGUUGAUGUGGAGUUGCGACCAGCUACCGGUGUUCAAUUAAUAAACUGUAAAUCUCACAAUUUAAUGGAGCAACAAAUUGGUCAAAACUUGAACCGGAAAUGAAAUUGUAGUCUGUAAGGUUUAGCAUACAAACAGAACUAAAUUGAAUAGAUCUGCCACUUUGACAGAUUAAUGAUCCAACUCCGUUGUCAGUACCAUAUCGUUAACGGUGCGUCCACAAUCCGAACACCCCCCCCCCGAAAAUAUUGUCCUCCAGCCGUUCAGAGUAACAAGGUGCAAGACCGAGCAAGUAGCAAACCGAGGCGGCUUCACUCAGCCGUGCCGUCACGCGGAUUGGUGGUUGUUUCUGCCGGCGUUGCCAUGGUGACCAGGCAUAUGCGGUCGGGUUUGCGCUUUUUAUGAAAGGAGUCUGCACGCUCAUUGUUAGCCUUGGUUUGAUGGAUGAAAGCAAGCACAAGGAAAGCUUGAAUCUUUAAUUCGAACCGGGAGGAAACAAACUAGAUGCCAAAUUGACUUUCAUUUUUACUUUGUUUAUUUCUUAGAGUUCAAAAAUAAUACGAGGCGCAGACUCAGUCUGUGUAUGUUUGUAUCGAGCAAUGAUGCGCCAUUCGCACAAAACCUUUGCUCCACCCCCCCAGGAGGGAGCAGCAGCAUGACUCGGGGGGGCCCCGUCCACAGCCCGGCCCAAAGCCACAUGCAUGUUUCUUUCAUUCGGUUUGUUUUCUACUUUUUUUAAAAUGUAAAAUAAAAAAGACGAGACAAAUGAACGAAUGACCUAAAAAAAUAAAAUAAAAAAGGACUAGACCGUGUGUGUGUUAGUCCCACAUACUUUUAGGCCAGCUUGUAUGUUGCAUGUUCUUGUACAGUUUGCUCGUACUGAAUAUGAAAACAAACCCGAGAAAAGCCAAGCCCCCCCCCCGACAGGAGCGAACCAAUAGAGGGGGGAACGGGGUCCAAACUCCUCCCAGGCCAUUCCUUCCACUCUGGGUCUAAAUAUCCUUGUUAGGAAGUCUCUGGAACAAAAAUGAAAUUCUUUUUUUGACAAACAGUGCUGUGCUGUAGUACUGGAGCCCCCCGGUUGAUCAUUGAGGGUGUCUAAACCGUAGUCGGGGCUAGAGGCAGAUAGAGAAUGUGUGUAUAACAGCUAAAUGUAUAUGAAGUAUAAUGAGUUGACAGAAGUUAUAUAGAUAUAUGAACAUAAAGAGUAUCAAAGCGUACAUGCGUCACGCACACCUUGUACAUACAAAUCAGGACAAGCGGCUUGAACUCGAGUUAUAAACAAAACAUCGCUGACACACAAACAUUCCUGGUCUCGUCGAGGGGAAUUUGCGUCCUGUGGAUGUGCUCGAGCUGCUGAGCGGCACCGGGCCACAAGGGGGCGCUCAACAGGCCGUUAUUUUCUUUUGCCAAAAAAAAAAAACAGCCAAACCAAUUAGAACUAACUUUUCUUCUCGUUAAUCCCCGUCUAUCAAUGUACGCUUGGACUUUUAACGCCAACGAGAAAUCUGACCUUUUCGGACAUAGUUUCUGUUGAAAAGCCCUCGGCGGCGCGGCCGACCGCCCUUUCCUUUGUCAGUAUUACUCCAGGAAUACUGAUUGUUUACAGCCCAUGGCUCCCCGCCCACUCCCUAACCACGAUUUUAGAUGAAAGACUAAAGUAUUCACUGCAACAGUUCUUGUUUGUACAACAGAUGUGGCUCUACCGAUGUGUAUGUUUUAUAUUCAAGAGUUCAUUUUUAUUAUUUACAAAUAAAAGACCGUGGAAGAAGA